UGGUGGUUUUAUUUCGAUUCUACUGGAGAGUCAUGCUGGGGUUUUGUGUACGAGGUACGGAGCGGCUCUUUGUUGGAGUUUAGAAUGAAGCGAAUUAAUAACUGCCACGUCAUUAACUGAAUGGCAUUUCCGUCAUUUAAGUUGUGAACGCCAAGUAAUCGCUGUCUUCUUUGACCGUAACGCCAUGGACCAAGCUCUUUAUCUCUCUUUUGCCAUAGCAAAUCGCAGAGAAGCUCUUCACUGUCGAUCUGAUCACCAGAGCCGCCUUUAACGUAACCGCCCACCGCCCGUGCACCGAUUAGGUAUCUAUUUUUUUAUUUGUAGGGGUUUAGAGAUAUGAACUGGGUUCAACGCAAGAUCUAUCUCUACAAUGUCACCUUUGGACUCUACAUGUUGGAUUGGUGGGAGCGUUACCUUUUCAAUAUUUUGGUGAUUGUGUUGAUGUGGUUCAUCUUCUACAAUAGCUCAAAAUAUGUAACUGAGUUCUGCAAGAGGCAUCUAUCGUGAAGGUCAGGAAUGGCAUCGGCUUGACAGAUUGUGACGAUGAUCCCAAAUGUGAAAAUUUUAAAUUAUUUGGUUGAAAGUCUUACUUUGAUUUGGAUUCACAUACUACUUUUUUAGUAUUUAGUGAACAAUCGGUGCAUGUCUCACUGGUAUUCCGCACUGUUUUCAUAGCUAUUCCUUGCAAAAAGGUUCAAAGCAUUGGCGUUGUUGUGUAAUUGUUGAAAGUUUUCUAACAUACAAAGCUUUUUUGUGUUCCACUUAAUGUAGCAUACUGUAUUAUUUCUCUCA